CAUUUUUUUUUUUUAUUUUUACCGGCAACAUGCUUGUUUCGACUGUGACUGUGGCGCGAUUGCUGCGAAAGCCGACAGGUGUCCUCCACGCCCAAGCCGCCGUGCUCGCAGCCACCCAGCCGAUGAUGAGGAUGGCGAUGGCAAUGACGAUGAGCGGCGGCGUUCGUCACCAGUCUGCAAGCGCGAGUGCAAAGACAGAGUGCUGCGGCGGCGGCUGCCAUGCGCCAAAGCAGCCAAACGCAGACAUUGCUGCUGCUGCUGCUGCCAGUGGUCACGCAUCGUCCAUCAACGCACAGCCACCAACGGCCCCAAAGAAGAAGACGACCAACGAGGCGUUCAACGAGCUCACGGAAACCGCCCGGCGUGACAUUCGCAUCCGUCACGACUGGACGCGCGCAGAGAUUCAGGAGAUUUUCGACACUCCCCUGCUCGAUCUGAUGUACCGCGCGGCAACCGUCCAUCGCACGCACCACGACCCACGCCAGGUGCAGCAAUGCACGCUGUUGUCCAUCAAAACCGGUGGAUGCUCGGAAGACUGCGCCUACUGCCCGCAAUCCUCCAAAUACACAACCAACGUUAAGGCCGAGCGCUUGAUGCAGCUCCAAAGUGUCGUAGACGCCGCUCGAAAGGCCAAAGAGGCUGGAAGCACGCGAUUCUGCAUGGGUGCUGCGUGGCGUGAUGUCAUUCACCGAAAGUCCAACUUUGCGCACGUUCUGGAGAUGGUGAGCGAGGUCCGCAGCAUGGGCCUCGAGGUGUGUGCGACCCUCGGCAUGCUGAGCCCCGAGCAAGCCGUGCAACUCAAGAACGCCGGCUUGACUGCCUACAACCACAACCUCGACACGUCGCGCGAAUUCUACCCCAAGAUUAUCACCACGCGAACAUACGACGAACGACUAAACACGAUCGCAAACGCUCGCGAUGCCGGUCUUUCCGUCUGCUCUGGCGGCAUCAUUGGAUUGGGCGAGGACCUCAACGACCGCGUCGGCCUCUUGCACACACUGUCAACGCUCCCGACCCACCCCGAAUCCGUCCCGGUCAACGCGCUGGUCCCGGUUCCAGGCACACCCCUGGGCGACCGUGAGAAGGUCAAGAUUUGGGAAAUGGUGCGCAUGAUUGCGACUGCCCGCAUUCUGAUGCCCGGGUCGAUGGUGCGCCUGUCUGCGGGCCGCGUCAAUUUUACUCCCAUCGAGCAGGCGCUCUGCUUCUUUGCUGGCGCCAACUCAAUCUUCACCGGCGAUAAGCUGCUCACCACCGCCAACAACGCCUUCAAUGAUGAUCAGACCCUGUUCAACUUGCUUGGCCUCGUUGGCAAAGAGCCCAACUUUGACCAAGGCCCUGUGCGUGCUACCGAGUCAGCAGAGGUGGAGAGUGACGCUUCCUCCGCAGAGCCCGUUCGUGCUUAAUGAGGCGGGCGAGCGUAACCACCGAUCGAUGUGGCGUAUUGUUUCAUUUUGGCUUUGAUCAUUGUCUGUGUGGUUGUGUGUCUGUUUUUUUUUUCUUUGAGGCUUGUUCUUAAAUUCACAACUCGAAAACAACACAUAGAUAAAGUGCAAAC